UCGCUCGAAUAAGGUUUGUCAUGAUCGGAUUUCUGUUGGCGGGCUGUUGAUUUAAACAACUAACGGUAAAAACGGAACUGUAACUGCAGCCGACGAGCGGCUGCGCAAAAUGGUGAUGACAGACAGUGACUGCUGCUGCUCUAGUUCUCAUCGGAAAGAAUGGUGCUCAGGAUCAAUGGCAAGGGUCAACAGAGCCACAGGUUGGUGAUCUUCUUUGCCGUCUUCAUCCUGACAACACUCCUCAUCCUCUAUGGCUCUAACAACAGCAAUGAUGGGUCCUACAUCCCCUUCAACAUAGCCCUCAUUCGCGCCACCAAGACUACAGACCUGAAGAAGUGGUCUGGGAGAGAUGGCUACAUGCCACUUUAUGGUAGCAAAAGUAUGACCCUCCACUGUCAUAACUGUGCGCUGGUGACAAGCUCCAGUCACGUCCUUGGUAGCCAGGCGGGGAGCGAGGUGGACCAAACAGAGUGUGUGAUCCGGAUGAACGACGCUCCCACAUCCGGUUACGAGUCCGACGUCGGCAACCGAACCACUGUCAGGGUGGUGGCCCACGCCAGUGUCUUCAGGGUGAUAAAGAGGCCUAAUGAGUAUCUGCAGCGUACGGACAGCAACUCCACCAUCAUCUUCUGGGGUCCACCGAAUAAGAUCGGGAAGGAUGCGAAGGGAACCUUGUUCAGACUACUCCAGAGGGUCAGCAUGACUUACAGCAACCUGUCGUUCUUCAGUAUUUCACCCAACAAAAUGCGAAAAUUCGACAACCUGUUUACUAGAGAGACAGGGCGGGACAGACAAAAGUCUCACUCUUGGUUGAGCACUGGCUGGUUCACCAUGGUCAUAGCCAUUGAGAUGUGUGAUAAUAUUAAAGUAUAUGGGAUGGUCCCACCAAAUUACUGCGGGAAAAAAACAGCUUCCAAGAAGAUGCCCUAUCACUACUACAAACCCAGGGGGUCUGAUGAAUGUCUAAUGUACAUCCAGAAUGAAAGCGGUCGUAGGGGGAAUCACCACCGCUUCAUCACAGAGAAGCAGGUGUUUGCUCGCUGGGCCAAGCAGUACAACAUCACUUUCACUAACCCCAAAUGGUGAGAGAGCGGACAGAAAGCUUAAAGACAAGCACCAUGGAUUCACGUUAAUUAUAUCUCAAAAUGAGAAGACAGAAAUGCUUUCUUCCAGUGACAAUGGGGUGGAAGUAUAUGGAAAAUCUUCAUCUGGACUACAUGAUAAGGAAGGUGUGUGGAAAUGUUUCUGAAAUUAUUAUACUUGAGUUCUGUCCAGUUUACACAUUAAGGGUGUGGAUGUGUUAUGUAAGGGUUUUAUUUAAGAUUUUAUUUUUUCCCCAGGUUGAAAUGAUUUUUACAAAAGCUUUCAAGUUUUUUGGAAAGCAAAUGUUUGGGUGCCCAGGUUUUAAUGUUAGCUAAUUUUGCCCUAAUCCACAUACGGUCAAACAAUUGUACAUAAAAGCAUUUGUAACUGUUAUAAUAUUGCCUGGAAAAGUGGAUUCUUUAUUUAAUAAAAAAUUGAUUAGGUCCCUUCUAAUUACAGUUAAGCAGGUUUGCUAUUCUAUUUGAUUAUGUUUUUAUUUUUUUUACAUGGUAUUUAGGGCAAGACGAGAAGCUAAAACUUUUUGUUUUAGAAAAAAGAGAUAGGUUAUGUUGUAAUAUUUAAGACCGUGUUAAAAGAAAAAUCUAAUUCUGAAUAGAUUUCCAUAAUCUUAACCAAACAUGGAUUUAAAAAGGAACGCAUUUUCCUCUGUCCUUACAGCCUUGAUGAGCCAUCGUUACCAUACAUCAGCUUGUAUCAAUAUGUUUCGUAAAUACUCAGCCAUGUAAUUCAGGCACAAGCUUAAACAAUGAUUUUUAAUACUGACAAUCCAAUUUGAGAUUGGAAGGAAUUGAUUCUAAAGGUUGCUAAUCAGAACUGAAUCAUCACCCAUUUCCAGUUAAUUUCAUUCCAACCUGGGAAAAAACUGUCAAAUAAAAGCCCAAGAUAAAUCAUGCCAGUUAUGUGUGUAAUUGUCCUCACAUAGUGGAUGCUGACUUGAGUCUUGCGAAUAGAAAGACUUCACCUGAAGGUGUUUCCUCUACAUUUGUAUUAUGUACUUGAAUGUUUUGUUUUGUUCCAUGUUGGAUUACAUUAUCAAGUGUCUUAUCAAUCCCCUACAGAGAGAUCAUAUUCUAGAACAGCAGGUUUUUAUUUCAGCCUACAGGUCAUAGUGAGGCCUUAUGAAGGAGGAUGUGGCUCACUGCAGCAUUUUAAACCUGGACAGCAGGAUUAAUCUGCAGUUUAAAAAAACUAGCUAAUCAGCUUGAAUACUUCCCACAAUGGAGCACUAAUGCAUCUGCUGAAACUAAGUGUGCAUGCAUUAGAGCUGCAAACAGAAUACACCUCAUCCAGAUUUAUUUAAGUGCUUUAACAGAUUUUAACAAAUCAAAAGGUUUAGCUGAAGGAAUGCAUUUUCUAACCAUAUUGCCUUUUGAUGUAACUUGGGUUCAUCCUUUCAGUUUUAUUUUUGGAGAUCCAGCCGUUCACUGCUGGAAAUAAUUGAUGUGAUUAAUCUUUUUUUUGUCUGGUAUCAUUUAUCAAAAAUCCAAUGCCCACGUUUUCUAUGAAGAUGAGAAAAAUUUUAAUAACAGAACUGAGGACUGAAUAAGUUCAACAUCUAAAGCAGAAGAGAGACAUUUCAUGUAUGUGGCUGUUAAAGAGCAGCAUUUCCAACCACUGUAAAUUAUGUUUGUACAAAGGAGAUUAUAUCCAUAAUAAAAGGAUGUGGUGCAUAAUAUUCUAGCUUCUCCUGCCUGCACCUAAGUUUAA